ACUUAAAAUCUAUGUAAUAGUAAAAUAUUUACAGAUUAAAUGAUAUUGGGGAGUUUUGGAAGAAACAGUAUUUGCCAUAAGUUGAUAAUUGGUGAAGCUAGGUUUAGGAUCCACAGAGUUUCAUUUAUAUUCUCAUUAUUCAGAAAUUUUGUGUAUGUUUGAAAUUUUCCAUAAUAAAGAAUGAAAACAGCCCUUAAUAGGAACAGUGCUUCUGGCAGCACUUAAAAGUAGCCAUCUGUAGGGGCGCCUGGGUGGUUCGGUCAGUUGAGCGUCCGACUUCGGCUCAGGUCAUGAUCUCACGGUUCGGGAGUUCGGGCCCCGCGUCGGGCUCUGCCGACAGCUCAGAGCCUGGAGCCUGCUUUGGAUUCUGUGUCUCCUUCUCUUUCUCCCCGUCUCCCGCUCAUACUGUGUGUCUCACUCUGUCUCUCAAAAAAUGAAUAAAUGUUAAAAAAAAUUUUUUUUAAAGUAGCCAUCUGUAAAUGGGCAUCUGAAAUCCCACCCCACACAGGCUGCUGGGAGAGCUUUAGUCCUGAACCUGGGCUUCCCCAGAAGGGUGUGCAGAGCACCACAUUUUUGUUUAAGGUUUAUUUCAUUCCCUCUCAGAACACACGAGUGGCAGCCCAGGUUCACAUUUAUUAGGAGUUAGAACUGCCCAAAUGAGUCUUGUGGGCAGAAUGUGCUAGAUGACGAUAUGCUAUUAAAAAUUCUAUUGCUGCGGGCGCCUGGGUGCCUCAGUCGGUUAAGUGUCUCUUUUUUUAUGUAUUAAUUUUAUUUUUUUAAUGUAUAUCCAAAUUAGUUAGCAUAUAAGCGUCUGACUCUUGAUUUCAACUCAGGUCAUGAACUCAUGGUUCAUGGGAUCGAGCCCUGUGUCACUCACUCUCCGUGUUGACAGCGUGGAGCCUGCAUUGGAUUCUCCCUCUCCCUCUCCCUAGCUCGUUCUUUCUCUCCCUCUCUCUCAAAACAAAUAAAUAAAAAAAGUGAAAAAAUUCCAGGGCGCCUGGGUGGCUCACUCAUUGAACAUCUGACUUUGGCUCAGGUCAUGAUCUCACGGUUCAUGCGUUCGAGUCCCACAUUGGGUGAGCUCGAGCCCCGCUGUCUCUCUCUCGCCCUCUGUCUCUCUCUCCCUCCCUUCCCCUCUGUCUCUCUUCCUCUCUCUGCCCUUCGUGGGAUUCUCUCUCUCUCCCUCUCCCUCUCCCUUUUUCUCUGCCUCUUGCCCACUUACGCCUUCUUUCUCUCUCUCUCUCCAAAAAAAAUUCCAUUGCUGCUGGGGUGCCUGAGUGGCUCAGUUAGUUAAGCGUCCAACUCUUGGUUUUGGGUCAGGUCAUGAUCUUAGACUCAUAGUUUCGUGAGUUUGAGCCCUGCGUCAGGCUCUUGGCUGGCAACAAGGAGCCUGCUUGGGAUUCUCUCUUUCUCCCUCUCUCUCUGCCCUUCCCCCCUCUCUCUCUCUGCCCUUCCCCCACUUGCACUGUCUCUGUCUCUCUCAAAAUAAAAAACUUAAAAAAAAAAAAAACAUUCCUGCUGACAUUAAUGUUAGCAAACUCCAAAUAGCGUUCCUAACGAAGAGAAUGGAGUCCAUUUACUCGGUCGAUGGCUUAUUUUUGUUCACAGCCAGAUCAGUCCGCUUCUGUCUCUGGUUUCCUGGUUACCGGCUUCUAUGGUGAUAGCAUUGGAAGAGAGAAAGGGGAGGUCAUUGAGGAAACCCCUGGCACAAGACGAAAGCCAUCGGCGAAACCGUCACUGUGCCAGCAGAGGGCCCUUUGAAGUUGUCACGGACACCUGCCUGCUUCGGUCUCCUCCUGCAUCUAACACGCGGUGGCAGGGCUUAAAGGUUCUAAAGUCAAAGAUCUUGAGAGUCAUAAUGGCAGGAAAAUCGUCGCUUUUUAAAGUGAUUCUCCUUGGAGAUGGUGGAGUUGGGAAGAGCUCUCUGAUGAACAGAUACGUGACCAAUAAAUUUGAUACCCAGCUCUUCCAUACAAUAGGCGUGGAAUUUUUAAAUAAAGAUUUGGAGGUGGAUGGACAUUUUGUUACCAUGCAGAUUUGGGACACGGCCGGUCAAGAGCGAUUCAGAAGCCUGAGGACGCCGUUUUACCGAGGUUCUGACUGUUGCCUGCUCACUUUUAGUGUCGAUGAUUCUCAAAGCUUCCAGAACUUGAGUAACUGGAAGAAAGAAUUCAUCUACUACGCAGACGUGAAAGAGCCCGAAAGCUUUCCUUUUGUGAUUUUGGGCAACAAGAUUGACAUAAGCGAACGGCAGGUGUCCACCGAGGAAGCCCAAGCCUGGUGCAAGGACAACGGCGACUAUCCUUACUUUGAAACAAGUGCAAAAGAUGCCACGAAUGUCGCGGCAGCCUUUGAGGAAGCAGUUCGAAGAGUGCUUGCGACCGAGGAUAGGUCAGACCACCUGAUCCAGACCGACACCGUCAGUCUGCACCGCAAGCCCAAGCCUAGCUCGUCCUGCUGUUGAUCGUUCGGGAGGUCGCCCGUGCGGUGUAACCAACUCCCGCACGUACACGAAAACACGGGCUGGGGACGAGAAUUAGCGUUUGCAGCAACGGACCAUCCACUUACAAAAUUAAACUAACCAUGUUGCUGCCUCGUUAGUGGGUGGGAGGAGAGAUCGAUCCAUCCACUCCUGGAAGAAUCAAUUUACUCAGUAGUGGCACCUUACACUUGUAAUUGGUAAUGGUUGUCUAAUAACGUUUAAUUUAAAUACGUAAGUUACAGAGCUAAUAAAUGAGAUGAUCGAGACUUUAAUUAUGAUUAAAACAAAACACUUGAAUAUUCUAGAAGUUACUGGUGUUUUUUUUUUCCCCCCUGGGAAAAUGGAGAACUACUUUUUUAUGUAUAUUUUAUGUAAUUAGCAGUCAAUUCCUGGUUGAGGGAGAAAUAUUCCCUAAAGCAAUAAUGUUCAGUAUUAAAGAUGAAAAUCAAAUGCAUUUGCGUUGCAGUUAUUUC